AUGUUUUAUUGGGCUUGUAUAUGGGAUUGGCCAGGCCCUCAAAUUAGUAUUCCCUCUUUUUCCCUUCUCCUCCCCUGUUUCUUCUCCGGUCUUCUCCCCCUUUCUUGCUGCCUAUUUCUUCUUAAUCCUCUGCCUUUUUUUUCUGCUGUAGUCAACCCCUUUGAAUCUGCUGCAUAUUACGGCUUUCAAAAUGGAACCGUAAAUCCUGCUUUGUUGGUUAGUGCCACAGCUGUGGAGUCUUCUGGGAUGCAUAGUGAAACUAUUCUCAAAAGCCUUGGCUCUGAAACAGCUGGAUCCUCUGAUGCCCAUGCAGAAAUGGGGUCAACUUUGUUACCCAAGACAAUAGCUAAUGUUCUUCAGGCUGACCAGAAAUGUCUCAUCUCAUCAACCUCUUCAAUUACUACUGCUAUUGUUACUGUAGCAACAUCUUCUAAGGUCCAAUCUAAAGUUCCACGUAGUAAAAAACGGACUGCUGCAGUGGUAUCCACAUUGAGAUCUAGUAAAAAGGUUUCUAGCUUGGUUGACAAGUGGAAAGCUGCAAAAGAGGAGUUGCAUGAAGAGGAGGAAGAAGAACCUGAAAAUGCCUAUGAAAUGUUAGAGAAGAAAAGACAACUUGAAAUAGAGGAAUGGCAAGCAUUGCAGAUUGCCAGUGGAGAGGCCAAAGAUAAUGCUAAUUUUCAGCCAUUGGGGGGUGCUUGGCGAGAACGAGUGAAGCACAAGAGAUCCCAAAAGAUGAAUGAUACUGAAAAGAGUGAAUCAGAUGUUGCAACAGAAGGGAAUCAGCAACCUGAUUUAGCUGCACUUUCAAGAGGUCUUCCAUUUGAAUGGCAGGUUUACUGGGAUGAUUCUACGAAGAAAGUCUAUUAUGGAAACACAUUGACAUCCGAAACAACCUUGAUUAGGUCAACAGAUUAGGAUGGACCUCUGUGCGAUUCAAAUUCUAGUAUUGCAAAGUUUUACUGUAAUGUAUUUGAUUAACUGACAUUUAUUGAAGUCUCCAAUCAUUCCUUUAUUUUGUUGUAG